CAUUACGCUAUCGAGUUGCUGGGCAGAGAACACAAAAUCAACACAAACGGAGAGGACGUGCAAACUUGGACUACGGUGGAAAGCAGGUGCAAAGACGCGUUUAAUACACUGUCAGAUUUAUUUUUACCAACCAUGGCAACUGACUGCGAGGCAUGGCUUAAUGCAAACCCUGUUGAGGCUGUCGAUCUGAGCGAAUCUGGAGAUGAGGAACCCACCUUCACUGAAAACAUCAACAAGGAGGUCAAUGGAAACUGGAUAGCCACCGGCAGCAUCCAUGAGGCGAGACUAAAGGCCAAGGUGAAGAGACGUCUGAGGAAGAACUCAUCCAGAGACUCGGGUCGGGGAGACUCGGUCAGCGAUAAUGGAGAUGCGGUCCGGUCUGCGGUUCUGCCCACCAGCCCAAAGAGCAAACUGAACAGGAAAUCAAGAAUGGGGAAAGGACGAGGCCUGCCUAAGAAAGGUGGAGCUGGAGGUAAAGGUGUAUGGGGACCAGCAGGUGUUGUUUAUGACGAAGACAAGGUUGAUUUUAAAGACCCCAAUUAUGACGCUGAACAGGAGAACUGCGUGUACGAGACCGUCGUCCUGCCCUUGGACGAAGAAACCUUUGAGAAGACCGUCACUCCUAUCGUUCAGGAGUACUUUGAGCAUGGAGAUGCCAAUGAAGUUGCGGAACUGUUUGCCGAGCUGAACCUGGGCGGCAUGCGUAGCAACGUGCCCAUGCUGGCCGUGUCGCUAUCGUUGGAGGCGAAAGCCAGUCACAGAGAGCUGACAUCGAGGCUGCUCAGCGAGCUCUGUGGCCGUGUGCUCACUUGCAGUGACGUAGAGGCAUCCUUCCAUAAACUGCUUAUGGAGUUGCCUGAUCUGGUACUAGAUACGCCAACGGCUCCACGGAUGGUUGGCCAGUUCAUUGCAAGAGCGGUUGCAGACAACAUCCUUCCCAAAAGCUUCAUAGACGGCUACAAAGGCCGAGUAGAUUGUGAAUACGCCAGAGCUGCUCUGGAUCGUGCGGCCGUGCUUCUAAGGAUGAGUCUGUGGACUGGCCUUCGAAUCGACAACCUCUGGGGCUCGGGCGGCGGCCAGAGGCCUGUCAAUCAACUCAUCAAAGAGGUUAAUCUCUUGCUUAAGGAGUACCUGUUGUCAGGUGACACCGUGGAGGCCGAACGGUGCUUGAGAGAACUAGAAGUCCCACAUUUUCAUCACGAGUUUGUGUACGAGGCUGUUAUCAUGGUGCUGGAGUCUAAAGGUGACCGAACACUUCAAAUGAUCCUACAGUUGCUAAAGUGUCUCUGCGCCUCUACGGUCAUCACUGUUGACCAGUUGAGACGGGGAUUUGAGAGGGUUUACCUGGACAUGGCUGAUAUCAGCAUUGACGUGCCGUGUGCAUACUCGCUUCUGGAGCAGUUUGUGGAACAGAGCUUCAACGCUGGAGUCAUCAAUAAAAAACUCCGAGAUCUCUGUCCUUGUCGAGGUAGAAAGAGGUUUAUCAGCGAAGGAGAUGGUGGGCGCCUUAAACUUGAAAGCUACUGAGUUCUGGAGCCCCACGAGCCAGUUCCAUGGCAGCUGCUCCAGUUGAUGUUAACUGGAGCUUUAUAUUUCUUUAAGUUGCUUGUAUUUGUCAUGAAGGUUUAAGUACUUAAAACGUUCCUCCUAUCGAAACACAGUGGGACCGAAAGACCAGGCACUUUUAAAUCAAAAGGAUCUAACUGAUCCUUCUGAUGUGACUUAUAUAAGCUAAUCCUAAAAGUUCCACACUUAUAAUGACUUGGUCAUUCCAUGAUUUGUAUUUCUGAGUUCACUGCCGCUCCUGCUCCAGUUAGCAGUGUUUGUAUAGACUUGCAAAUUUGCCUACAGAGCUUUAUAAAUGGGGAAAGGGGUGGGGGUUGUAAGUUCAAAGCUCUUCUCCCGUCUGGGCUGCUUUUUGUGUCCUAUGAUUUUUCCCCUUUAUUUUCACCUUGACCUUUCGAAGGAUGCCAUUUCUGAUGGCUAAAUGACGAAAGGCAAACGGGGCAACGUAAAGCAGUCGGGAUCAUUUCACAGAAUAGUGUCAAGAACAUUUAUUUUUAUAUUUCAGCAGAGUGGUGGGUGUAAAAUGUACCGAAUUUACAUGCUCUUUGUUUAAAAUGGUUGGCAAAUAA